AUGUUGCGACUGCAGCUCAUGAUGCCUAUUAUGAACUUUUGCUGGGCUUUAGCCAUCAUUUUUAUCCUUCAAAUGCACAAUAUCACUUCCGAGAAAUACUACGUUGAAUACAGCAACAGGUACUGCGUAGAACGCAACGUCUUCGAUGAAGAACCCGAUGUAAAGGUGUUAACGGUGGCUACUGAGAAGAACCAUGGCUUGGAAAGAUUCCUCCGCUCGGCAAGGGUAUAUAAUAUCAAUGUGGAAGUUCUCGGUGAAGGCAAGAAGUGGGAGGGAGGGGACAUGAAGCAUGAGGGUGGUGGUCACAAGGUUAACCUGCUCAAGGAAAAGCUGACAUCUAUGAAAAUACCUGAAGACAGAGACCAGAUUAUUCUAUUCACUGACAGCUACGAUGUGAUGUUCCUGGGCUCGCUUGAUGAGAUAGUGAAGAAGUUUCUCGAAAUGUCUGUACGCGUGUUGUUCUCUGCGGAACCUUUCUGUUGGCCAGAUUCCUCUCUCGCGUCGCAGUACCCCGACAGCCAGCAAUUGAACCCGUUCCUCAAUUCGGGCGGAUUUAUUGGAUAUCUACCGGAACUCUUGAAGAUCUUGAACUUUGAUAUAGUGGGCAAUAAAGAUGAUGACCAGCUCUUCUACACCAGAGUGUACUUGGACGAGGAUUAUAGAGAAAGUCUAAGAAUUUCCCUUGACCACAAAUCGGUCAUAUUCCAAAACCUUCACGGUGCCUUGUCGGAUGUGCAACUCGUCGCUAACUCUACUGAGGAAUGGCCGUACCUUGUCAACGUGGUGACCAAGCAGAGGCCUCUGAUAGUUCACGGAAACGGACCCGCAAAACUGACCUUGAACAAUUUAUCCAACUAUUUAGCCAAGUCCUGGUCUGUCAGCGAUGGAUGUGUUCUAUGUGAUGAGAAGAGGAUUGUGCUGGAUGAGGACAAGCUGCCGAAGGUGAUGCUCUCCGUAUUCAUUGAGGUGGCUACACCGUUUAUGGAGGAAUUUUUCCAAAGUAUUCUGGCCAUUGAUUAUCCCAAGCAGAAAAUACAUCUCUUUAUCCGCAACGGUGUCGAAUACCACGAGACCGAGGUCGAGAACUUCUAUAAUGCUCACAGUAGUGAAUAUUUUACCGCCAAACGUAUCAAAUCCACAGACCUUGUGGGGGAGGCUGAAGCGAGGAACAUUGCUAAGGACCGCUGUAUCGGCAGCGACUGUGAGUAUCUCUUCUGUCUGGACAGCCACGCCCGUGUUGAACCCGAUACCCUUCGUUACUUGCUCUCUACCGGAUAUGACGUCAUCGCUCCCUUAUUAGUACGCAGUGGUCAAGCUUGGUCCAACUUUUGGGGUGCUAUCAACUCUGUUGGUUUCUAUUCUCGUUCAGCUGAUUACAUGGAUAUUGUCAACCGCAGCAUUGAAGGUAUCUGGAACGUUCCGUUCAUCAACAACUGCUACCUUAUGAACAUUGCGCUGUUCCGCAAGCCUUCUGCCAAACAUGUCAGCUAUUUGAAGGAGGACACCGACCCCGAUAUGGCUUUCUGCGCUUCACUGAGAUCUGCUGGUAUCAUGAUGUACGUGAGCAAUGAAAAGGAAUUUGGUCAUCUCGUUAACUCCGAAACGUUUGACGUGAGCCGCACUAACCCCGACAUUUACCAAGUGAUUGAUAACAAGCUUGAUUGGGAACAACGUUACCUCCACCCCAAGUACUAUGAAGUCUUCGACAACAAAGAAAAGCAACUCAUGCCCUGCCCCGACGUCUAUUGGUUCCCACUGAUGUCGAUGCGCUUCUGUAAAGAAUGGAUUGAAGUCAUGGAGGCAUUUGGACAAUGGAGCGAUGGAUCUAACAACGACAAACGUCUAGAGAGUGGUUACGAAGCUGUUCCAACUCGUGAUAUUCACAUGAACCAGGUCGGACUUGACAUUCAGUGGCUCCGAAUCCUCAAGGACUACGUUCGCCCGCUGCAGGAGCUAGUUUUCACUGGAUACUACCAUAACCCCCCGGUGUCUGUCAUGAACUUCGUGGUCCGUUAUCGUCCUGAUGAACAGCCCUCUCUACGUCCGCACCACGACUCCUCUACUUACACUAUCAACCUGGCUCUGAAUACUCCCCACUUGGAUUACGAGGGUGGUGGUUGUCGUUUCAUCCGCUACAACUGUUCCGUGAAGGACACCAAGCCCGGCUGGCUCUUGAUGCACCCCGGUCGUCUGACUCACUUCCACGAGGGCCUCCUCGUCACCAAGGGCACACGUUACAUUAUGAUCUCUUUCGUGGACCCGUAA